AUGUUGACUUCGAAGGCGUAUUCUGGGCCUUUGAGCGCAUCUUCGGCUCCGACGCUGGCGCCGACGUACCAUACGGGCUCGUCUCAGAGAAGCAAUACGCUGGUAACGGAUUCCCAGGAAAAUGUCUUGUUCACCAGUCCCACCCAGUCCGAGUUCUCUGAUCUGCCUCAUGACGGCCUGAACCCCGUCAGACAGUGGGAUGAAAAGCAAGUAAUAGCAUGGCUUCAUAGCAUUAAGUGUGGCCAGUACGAGGCGUUGUUCAAAGAAAAUAACUUCACUGGUGAUAACCUGCUUGAAUGUGAUCAGAGGAUCCUGCAAGAGAUGGGCAUUAAAAAGGUUGGUGAUAGAGUACGCAUAUUUGUUGCCAUUAAGCAGCUCCGAAGCAAGGCGGUCUCCAACCGCAAACAAUACAAUCAGAACGCCUUGGCUGCGCUAGAAGCCCCGUCCAAUGCCACCACUCCAUUCGAGCCCUUUCGCUCCCCUGAUCCCCGCCGGCAGACUUUGAGUAGCCGGCGUAUGUCUCGCUACGGAGAUAACUAUGGAUAUCCGGCUGGAAAGUCUUCCUCGAGGCCAACAUCUCCUCCGCUAGGCGAAGGUGACAGGAUUGCUCGUAUUCCUCGGUUCCCGGCAUCGAGCCCUAUGGAAUUGUCCCGGAAAGAGCAAGGACCUGGCUACUUGAAUAUUCCGUUAUCUGGUGGCUCAGGCUCAGGCCGUAGCCCGGGCGUGGCGGGUGAUCCAGGGCAGGCAAGAAGAGAGCCGUCUCAUCUCAGACAGAAUCCUAGCUUGGACGGCUUAACAAUGGGUCCUCUGCCUGCAAACACCUCGGUCAUCAGAGUCAUAUACACUGGCGGCCAAACAAAGGCUUUGAAGAUCAAACACUGCAAGACAUCAGACGAUGUAAUUCUCACUGUACUAAAGAAACUGCAGUUUUCUGAACAUCAAUAUCGGAACUAUUGUUUCUAUGUGUUGGAUGGUCUCGAACCGGAUCCGUCGAACUGCAGGAGACUUACCGACUCCGAACUCAUGGAUAUUUGCAACAGUGCCAAUCGAUCGGAGAGAGGGCGCCUGAUCCUGCGAAGGAUCACUGCGGGCGAACCGGACUCUGAUGAGCUGCGCCGUGCGUCGCAGCUUGCGGUCGAUGAGAGUCAAAAAACCCAUCUGAAUGCCAUCAGCGGCUCGAAUGUGCGCAAUCAGAUGAAGAUUCAACAGCUAACAGGCGAAUCGUGGCACAACAUCAAACAACCGAUGUCGCCCAUGUCUUCUCGCCAUGCAAUACCCAAUCUCAACGAAUAUGACCAAUACCCAUCUAAUUUGGAGCGGCAUCCGGUCUCCAAGCUUCGCUCAUUCUUCGGAGCAAGACCUCCCAGUGAAAUGAUCAUCCAUGAGAUCACGUCAUACUUCCCGAGCCAUCAGAAGGAGGAUAUCGAAAGGACAAUGCGCAUGUCUAUCCGAAGAUCUCAACGCCUAAGUCGAGCUGCGAGUCGCCUGAGCGUUGUCAGUAACGCCAGCUUUGCAUCCAGUCUCAAGGAUGCACCACCGAUCCCUAGCAUCGCCGAUACAUGGCUCAAUGCGGGUGCACAACCCACGCGUGCCACCCGGCCGUUGUCGGUGUCCAAGUUCAGCCUCCCUCAAGCAACUUACCGAGAUUCAGUCGCAUCCAGCACUCUUCAACCUCUCCAAGAGGAGUCCGAUGCGGAGCCGAACCGCAAGUCUUACGUGUCCUUCGACAGUGGAUCUGAGGAUGCCAGCACCUCACACCAGAGCCUUAUUGAUGAUAGCCUGAGCGUUGCCACAAUUGACGCCGGUACCUUCAAUGACAGGCUGAGUAUUCUUGUUGCGGAAGACGGGGAAGAGGAAGAUGUGCCCUUGAACGACUUCCUUGCUGGCGACAAUUUUGCGCCCAAGAACUGGAUGAAAGGCUCUCUCAUUGGAGAGGGUUCCUUUGGCAGCGUGUUCAUUGUUCUGCACGCCAUUACCGGAGAGCUCAUGGCUGUCAAACAGGUGGAGAUCCCCUCGGCGACCAAGGGCACCGAAUUCGAUCAACGAAAGAGCAGCAUGGUCACUGCACUCAAACAUGAGAUCGAGCUUUUGCAAGGAUUCCACCACCCUAACAUCGUGCAAUAUCUGGGAACCUCGGCAGAUGACGAGCACUUGAACAUUUUCCUGGAGUACGUACCCGGCGGCUCAAUCGCAACCAUACUCAAGCAAUACAAUACGUUCCAGGAGCCGCUGAUCAAGAACUUUGUGCGACAAAUACUUGCGGGUCUGUCUUAUCUGCACAGCCGCGACAUCAUCCACAGAGACAUCAAGGGUGCCAACAUUCUUGUCGACAACAAGGGAGGCAUCAAGAUCUCAGACUUUGGCAUCUCAAAGCGUGUCGAGGCCUCGUCUGUACUCGGUGCUCGAGCUGGCGGCGAGGGCGGUGGCAGCGACGGAACAGCCAGCCGGCGCACCUCCAUGCAGGGUAGCGUGUUCUGGAUGGCGCCGGAAGUGAUCAAGCAAAAAGUGCACACGAAGAAGUCCGAUAUCUGGAGUCUGGGCUGUCUGGUUGUGGAGAUGUUUAUCGGCGCCCACCCGUUCCCCGACUGUAGCCAGUUGCAGGCCAUCUACGCCAUCGGUAAAUUGCAGGCGCGGCCGCCGCCCCCAGAGGACGCAAGCAAGGAAGCCAUGGCUUUCUUGGACAUGACCUUCCAGGUCGACUAUGAGAAGCGGCCGACUGCCGACGAGCUGCUCAAGAGUCCUUUCCUCGCUGCCCCGAUAGCAUAA